UUGGUGUCAGGAACUGUUCAUGGCGACAAGGUGUGUCACCAACACAUGAGACAGGGGGGAUGUCGUCGUCGCUGCUGUCUAUGGCAUCACAGUUUAACACACACACACACGUCGGAUGCAGUAAUAGAUGUAGUGGUUGCUGCGGACGAUGGAUGAACUGGAAGGCGUCAAUGACGUGUGCCUUCUGCCCAAAGACCCUGGAAAUUGUUAUGGUUACUUCCUUAAGUACUACUUCAACAGCAGGACGUGUCUCUGUGAGAAGUUCGUGUACGGAGGGUGUCCGGGGAAUGCCAACAAUUUCGACACUCUAGAGGACUGCAGGCGUAGAUGUGGAGGCGGUGUCCUCUGCAGCCUCCCCAGAGAUCCGGGUCCUUGUGACGAUGACAUCCCCAGAUGGUGGUACAACAAACGUACAAACAGAUGUCAGAGAUUCAGCUAUGGAGGCUGUGAGGGGAACGCCAACAACUUUAAAACACUUUACGAGUGUCGCUUCCAGUGUCGGAGAGGAUGGGCAUAUUAAGGCUUACAUAUCCUUAAACAAUGUGCAGCUGUAACGAGAGCGUCUGUCCAGAAAGAUUUGGACGUUGUAACCAAUAAAACUCAAUUGGUGUAAUUC